AGAACAGCGCGAUUCACAUUUUCUCUCAACACCACAUCGACCAAAGAGCCAGAUUUGGUUUUUGCCGAAGUCGUACGUGUUCUCAAAGAUGCUGGUGUUAAGCAUAGUAUUGCUAAUCUGGUUGCUACAUGCGAUCUUGAAGGAAUCCAGUUUGAGCUGGAAGUGUGCCGUUUGCCUAAUUUGGCUCUUAAUGGAUUGCGUUUCAAGCGCUUAAUGGGCAACACAUGGGAGUAUAAGGACUUGCUCACCAAUCUGAUUUCAAAAAUGAACCUUUAA